AUGAAUGAAUAAUUUAGAAAGUUUCUAUUAAAUCAAGAGAAAACUGAGAUUUAAUAAAAAAAGUCAGAAAAUGCACCUCCAAUCCGAUUGAAAACAUAAUCCAAAAGAAAGACUAAUGUGGAUCUGGGUUAAGAAACAUUUGUGUAAAAGAAAGUAAAACCAGAUGAGAAAGAUGAUAAAAAAGAGCCUAAUCUCAUGGUGAAAUUAUAGAUGAAUCCCGUUGACUUAGUAAAGUGUACUAAAUAAUACUCAUAUGGCAAUUAUAAAAAAUAUUACCAUCUAAGAUUAUAGUAAAAGUGGGAAGAUCCAAGAUUAACUAUUUUAGAUGGUUGUUACUUCACUGAUAAAUCAAUUCUUGAUAUUGGUUGCAAUGAUGGGACAUUGACUUUAUUGAUUGCACUAAAACAUUACCCUAAAUUGAUUAGAGGAAUCGAUAUCGAUUAUACUUUGAUCAAUAAGGCAAUUGAACAAAUGGUUCAUUUGGACGAUUAAUAGAAGAAAAUACAGAAAUAAGAAUUCAAACCAAUCAUUGAGGAUUUGCCUGUGAGUUUUGAGAAAUACAUGGAAUAACCUAUGUCUAAAGCAAUAGAGGAAUAAUUUAUUCAUUAGACGAUAGAGGAUAUGAACAAGGAGAACUAGCAAAACACAAAGGACAACACAUUUCCACAUAAUGUCUAUUUUCGAGUGCAAAACAUUAUUGGUAAUAAAAAGUACGAUGAAAAAUACGAUACGGUUUUAUGUUUAUCGGUUACCAAAUGGAUUCAUCUUAAUUUUGGAGAUGUUGGUAUCAAGAGAUUAUUCAAGACCAUCUCUAAUUCUUUGAAUGAAGGGGGUCACUUUAUUCUAGAACCACAAGAAUGGAAGAGUUAUAAAAAGAAGAAAUACUAUAGUACUGAAUUCAAAUAGAAUUAUAAGGAAAUCCAAUUAAAACCAUAGGAUUUCUCUAAGGUUUUGGAGAAGGAAUAUAAUUUCAAGUUGAUUUAAUAGAUAAAUCCAGAUGAUGAAAGUGCAAUAAAGAAGUCUAAAAGCACUUUUAGAAGACCAAUUCUAAUAUUUGAAAAGUAGAAGGAGAUUUGA